CAAUUCCUUCUCCUCUCGUUUGGGCAGCUUCUCGAGAUCUGCCCUCUAAGUUUCCCAAAAUUACUAUUCUGUCCUUACCAGACGCCAAACAUGGGGUUGUCUUUCACCAAGCUUUUCAGCCGGCUCUUUGCUAAGAAAGAGAUGCGAAUUCUUAUGGUGGGUCUUGAUGCUGCUGGUAAGACCACCAUUUUGUACAAGCUCAAGCUGGGAGAGAUCGUUACCACCAUUCCCACAAUUGGAUUUAAUGUGGAGACUGUGGAAUAUAAGAACAUUAGCUUUACUGUCUGGGAUGUUGGUGGCCAGGACAAGAUUCGUCCUUUGUGGAGACACUACUUCCAGAACACUCAGGGUCUCAUCUUCGUGGUUGAUAGCAAUGAUCGUGACCGUGUAGUCGAGGCUAGGGACGAGCUACACAGGAUGUUGAAUGAGGAUGAAUUGAGGGAUGCAGUGCUGCUUGUUUUUGCGAACAAGCAAGAUCUUCCAAAUGCCAUGAAUGCUGCUGAGAUUACUGAUAAGCUCGGUCUCCACUCUCUCCGUCAACGCCAUUGGUAUAUCCAGAGCACAUGUGCCACUUCUGGAGAAGGGCUGUACGAGGGGCUUGACUGGCUCUCCAACAACAUUGCUAACAAGGCUUAGAAGCCGUGGUGAUUGCCAUCAACAUUUUGCAUUGCCAUCUUUGUCGUAAUGGAGAGAUGUUACCAUGUUGUUCUGGCGUUUUGAGAUUUAUGGUUUACUGUUGCUACUGCGUGUUGCGAGUAUCAUCUGCUUGUUUUACUUAGUUCCUUGUUAUUAUAGUAGAAAUUUGGAAUCUGUCCUGUAGAUUCAGAAUAAUUUGUGUAAUUUGCUGUUUUCUCAGUUGAUAUUAUUCUUGAGUGUUCUUCCUUGUUUGGGUUAGUUGAAGGGAAAAGCAAAGAGAGGUAGAGAAAUUCUCCUUGAAAAACUGCUUUUUGCCCAAUUGUAGCACUCACAUUUUCAUUCAAAUCUACAUCAUAGUUUCUAGCA